UUAGCAUUUCUCCGGCGACUAUGAACCGCUUCGUGGUCCUUUCCCCUGCCGUCUUCCUCCUCAUCUCCGUCGCGUAUAUUCCUCUGCUCAACGACUUAUAUUGGUCAACUCUGACAUCUCUUAUACCACCGGUUAAGAUCGUGGCGGAUUUGUUAGUGAGAAAUGGAACAAUAUUCACCAGCGAUAGUGCUUUGACGUUUGCCGAUUCCAUGGCGAUUCGUAAUGGCAGGAUUCUCAAAGUCGGAAGCUUUUCCACUCUCAAGGAAUUUAUUGGAGAUGGAACCAUAGAGGUGAAUCUGGAGGGGAAGGUUGUAGUGCCUGGACUUAUUGAUUCACAUGUUCACUUGAUUUCUGGUGGAAUGCAGAUGGCCCAAGUUGGACUUCGAGGGGUGAGUCAAAAAGAUGAGUUUUGUAAAAUGGUGAAUGACGCGGUGCAGAAUGCAAAAGAAGGGUCAUGGAUUCUUGGUGGUGGAUGGAACAAUGAUUUCUGGGGAGGGGAAUUGCCCUCUGCAUCAUGGAUUGAUGAAAUCUCACCUCAUAAUCCUGUUUGGUUGAUUAGGAUGGAUGGUCAUAUGGCCUUGGCAAAUUCCUUCACGCUUAGGAUUGCUGGCAUUACUAGUUUAACGGAAGAUCCAAUUGGUGGAACGAUAAUGAGAUUGUCUAGUGGCGAGCCUACCGGUCUUUUGAUUGAUGCUGCUAUGGAGCUUGUCUCUCCCUUGCUUCAAGAAGUCUCAGUGGAUGAACGCAGGGAAGCACUUCUUAGAGCUAGCAAAUAUGCUUUGAGUAGAGGUGUGACAACUGUUAUUGAUCUUGGAAGAUACUAUCCUGGCACUACAGAUGAGCUCUCCUGGGAAGACUUUCAAGAUGUCUAUCUAUGGGCUGAUUCCUCGAAGAAGAUGAUGAUACGGACUUGCUUGUUUUUUCCAAUCACGACAUGGUCACGUUUAUUGAAUUUUUAAUGCAAGUAUGGACAAGCCUAUCUCUUCAAUAAAGUGAGAUUGCCCAUGAUCAGUGCCAGAAGUACAAGGAAAGGAAAAUUUGUUUUGUGAGAGCCUUUUCUUGAAUUUUUUUUUUUUUAACAAGCAAAUAACAUUCUCAAGUUCCAACAUACAAAUACACACAACUUUUUUUAUUCAAAGAAUGUAUUUGUGUUUUGAUCUCAAAAUGUUAAUAUCUUAGGUCCUAAUGAUA